CCCAUCCCAUCCCUCCGUCCUUCUCGAGUCCUUUUUUUGGCUCAACUAGAAAAAAAAAACAAAUACUGGCCCCUCCUCGCUUUUGGAUUCUUAUUAUUUAGUAGAGCUGUGCUCUUCUGUUUUCCCUACGACCUCUAACCUUUGCUCACUUUUUUGCUUCUCCCAUUAGUAUCGCAUAGCUCGCCCUCGACUAUCCGCACUAUGUCCACCUCACAACCCCGCAAAGCUCUCAGUAUCAGCAACUGCAACCCCCACGUCAAGGAAGCACAAUAUGCCGUCCGUGGUGAACUAGCCGUUCGCUCGGAGGAGUACCGCGCCAAAUUGGCCAACGGAGAGGGCAAGGAUCUUCCCUUCGACUCGGUCAUUGCAGCAAACAUUGGAAACCCGCAACAGCUCGACCAGAAACCUAUUACUUUCUUCCGCCAGGUCGCCAGUCUUCUCGAGAACCCAUUGUUGUUGGAGCACCAGGAUGUCUUGAUCAACAACCUCGGGUACAAGAAGGACGUCAUUGAGCGUGCCCAGUGGCUUCUGUCAGAGGUUAAGAGCAUUGGAGCAUACAGCCAGAGCCAAGGUGCUCCAGGAAUCAGGAAGAGCGUCGCUGAUUUUAUUGAGAGGCGUGAUGGCUACCCCUCCAGCUUCACGAACGUCUAUCUGAGCAACGGUGCAUCGUCUGGUGUCAACACCCUCCUCCACAUUCUCUGCGCUAAGCCAGAAACCGGCAUCCUCGUCCCUAUUCCUCAAUACCCGCUCUACACCGCGUCUCUCUCCGUUCUGAACGCCAGAUGCGUUCCAUACUACCUCGAAGAGAGCCAGGCUUGGGGAACCGAUCUUCAGGCUAUCAGGGACUCCUAUGAGAAGGCGGUCUCUGAGGGAACCGAUGUCAAGGCAAUUGUUGUUAUCAACCCUGGCAACCCCACUGGUGCUAGUUUGUCUCCGGAAGACAUCCGCGCAGUGUUGAAAUUCGCUGCCGAGAAGGGCCUUGUUGUGAUGGCUGAUGAGGUAUACCAGACCAAUGUUUUCAUUGGAAAGUUUGUGUCCUUCAAGAAGGCACUCAGGGAUCUCCAGAAGGAGGAGCCCGGAAAGUACGACCACAUUGAGCUUGCCUCGCUUCACAGUGUCUCCAAGGGUAUGGUUGGUGAAUGUGGUCACCGCGGUGGUUACUUCGAGCUCGUCGGUUUCGACCCACAAGUCGCCGAGCAGAUCUACAAGUUCAUCAGUAUCCAGCUCUGCCCGCCUGUGAUUGGACAGUGCAUUGUUGAGCUUAUGGUGAAUCCUCCCAAGGAGGGCGAACCAAGCCACGAGCUCUACAAGAAGGAGUAUGAUGGUAUUUUCAACGCCCUCAAGGAGCGAGCAUACGCCCUCUUCGAGGCAUUCAAGUCCAUGGAGGGCGUCGAGUGCCAGACACCUGCUGGCUCUAUGUACCUCUUCCCCACCAUCAAUCUUCCCCCGAAGGCUUUGGAGCAGGCCAAGAAAGAGGGCCGCAAGCCUGAUGAAUUUUAUUGCUUCCGUCUACUCGACGCAACGGGCAUCUGUGUUGUCCCUGGCUCGGGUUUCGGGCAAAAGGAAGGCACUCUGCACUUCCGUACUACUUUCCUUGCACCUGGCACCGAAUGGGUCAACAGGAUUUCCAAGUUCCACAAGGAUUUCUUCGACGAGUUCAGGUAGAUACAAAUUGUUGGAUGCGUUCGAUACCCAAGUUGAACGCGACUAAUGAAUGAUUCAGGACGGAAGAUGCGUUAACGAAACAAAGGAUAUCCAAACUAUAAAUGGCUGAUUAGAAGUUUCGGCAAAUUUAUGUAAAUGCGUGCUUGUUAUAGCAGCAGCGCGGUGUAUAGAAGCUGCGAUCACAAACUUAUAUUUUAUAUAUUCAUAUGUAGCUGAUGUAUAUGUCAGUUUCAAUCGAUCGAUUGAAACAGCAAAAUCCACUCUAUGAAUUUGA